CGUCGCCAUGGCCGCGCGGACGCCCCGCCUGCCCUCCACGACGGCAGCAGGGCUGUCGUCCGCGCUGGUGCUGCUUCUGCCCUUGGUGGUCUUCUUUCUGGCCGCCCCGAUAGAGGGGAGACAGCCGGGAGACUCCUUCCGGCCGAACACGCUGCAGAACCCGCCGGCCUCGCCGUCGUUCCAGAGCACGCUGCAGAACGCGCUCAACUCCCUGGCCAUCCCCGCGGCCUCCUCGUUCAGCGCCACGCUGGCCGCCACCACGCGCUUCUUCGCGUCCUUCAGCUCCACCUCCACCACCAGCACCGACUGCGAGUACCCGACGCCGUCGUGGCGCUGCUGGGAGCCCAUCUGCUCGGGGCGCGUGGACGGCCUGUACCCGGACUGGUCCACCAACUGCCGGCGCUCCGUGCGCUGCCAGGGCGGCAGGGUGACGGCGGCCAUCGGCUGCCCGUCCGGCCAGCUGAGCACGGGCCGCGGCGGCUGCAGGCCCGCGCACGAGGUGUCCUGCCCCCGCGUGUCCGAGGGCUCCGCCCCCGUGCACCUCGCGCCGCACCAGCCCGCCGCCGCCCCCGUGGAGCCCGCCCCCGCGCACCCCCUGUGCUGGGGCAGGUCGCCGUCGCUGACGCAGGACCGGUCGCCGUCGUCGCGCUGCCGGCAGUACUUCCGGUGCACCGCCAGCGGCCAGCGCAGCGUGGAGACGUGUCCGGGCACGCAGGUGUUCGACGGGACCCGCUGCCUGGACUCGGAGUACUACACGUGCUCCGUGGGCGCGGACUCCGACUCGGCGUCGUCGCCGUGCGACAGGCUCUCUGACGGCCCCCACCCCCAGCCCGGCUCGCGGUGCCGCGCCUACUUCCGGUGCUCCCUCGGCUUCAAGAGCGUCUUCGUCUGCUCGGGCGACUCCGUGUUCGACGGCGAGCGCUGCGUGCCCGGCGGCCUCUGCGCCGAGGACUCCGGCGUGGGAUCGUCGCUGUCCUCGCAACAGCAGCAGCAGCCUCAGAGGCGGCCGCAGUCGCAAGACGGCGUGUGUGCCGGCAAAAGCCACGGCUACUUCGCCGACGUCGCCUCCGGCUGCAGAGGCUACGUGUACUGCUUGUCCGGCGCGCCGGUGGGGACCUUCCGGUGCGAGGGCGGCCGCCGCUUCGACGGGCGGGUGUGCGCGGACUCGGACUUCUGCAACGGCUUCCCCGUCGCCUCCAACUUUGCGUCAUCGUCGACCUCGUCCUUCCAGCAGCAGCAGCAGCAGCAGGCCGUGAAGCAGGGCUUCUUCGCCGACCUGCAGUCGGGCUGCCGCAGCUACUCGUUCUUCAUCGCGGGCCACGAGACCAAGCUGUCCUGCCCGGCCGGCCUGCUGUUCAAUGGCCAGCUGUGCGUCAGCGAGAACACCUACACCUGCCCCCCGGGCUAGCGCGGCGUGGCGGCGUGGCCGGACAGACGAGUCUAGUCUCCUCCACCAGAGGCACUCUCAGGCAGCAACGUCCGUGAGGGGCGAGGGGCGGCCGGCCGGCCGGCGCGAUGCUCGCCACAGAGAUCUGGGGUCGUGUUUUCUGUCCCGGCAAGUCGUGAUACCGGAGCGGAAACCGGAUAAGGCUGAAGGCUGGGCCCGCUGGGCCGCGGCAGUGUGUCAGACGUAUCCCAAACGAAAGCCGCUUGCUUGGUUCAGAGUUCGGGAUAGAGGGACGCAGUCACCUUCAGGAGGUGUGGUGUAGUGUAAGGAGAGAUAGCAAAAAUGCCAAAUCAAUGAUGUAACAUGGGAGCUCGAAAAUGGGCAAAGGAAAAGUCAUCUAGUCAAUUAAUGUUAUUACUAUUUAUUCUAUUUAUUGUAGAAUUAUUUGAUUUUCUUAAAUUGCAGAAGUUCCAAUGAAGCCAGAUACAUUCAAUGACAACAAAGUAAAUCAAGUUGAGUAGAACACACUUGUUGGUGUUGCAAACUUAGCACUUGGCCAUUGAUGGUUGAUUACCAUAAGAUAGAUAAUAUUCAGUCUACACACAUAGAAAUGUAUAUAUAUAGAGAUAUUUCUGUACAUAAGUGAACAAGUAUUAAAAUCUUAUUACAGCAUAUAAACCUAAUUCAAGUGUAAAACACAACUCACAUAGUCUACAUAACUUGACAGAGUCAAGAUAAAAAUUAAAAUCACAAAACUGAUAGAAUGAUUAAGAAUGCAUCGUAAAUGGCACAUCAUUAACAUAUAAUAAUAAAUCUCCUGGAUCAAAUAACAUGGUCCUCUGAAAACCAAAACAAACAAAGAGUUUCUUUCUAUUCAGCUUAGUGCCACAUGUGUU